GCAAAUAAAGAAUGCGUGGAUGGCCUAGUUUUGAGAAGGGCGACUUUAAAUAAGGCCCUCGGAUCCUGGCGCCCCUCGGGGAGCGGCAUAAUCUCCUUCUGGUAGCCCGUACGCUUCGAUAGGCCCUUGCCUGCACACCAUCGUCAUCGCCAUCACUACCCACACCGGAUGACCAGAGUGUGUGAGAGAGGGACACACCCUUGACUGAACUCCACAGCCCUGUUCUUGUUCUUCCGCUCAAGCAAUCUGUUUAUUCUCCUGAUCAGAAACAAAGAGCAAAGUUUUCCAAUCAGUCUUGUUGCCUGCACUGCUAACUGGGUCAGUUGGGGAUCAAUCUUCUCACACCAUUCCACUGGAUUCCAUUUCCAGAUUCUGCCAAGGAUGGCUCUAUAAUUCUCGCACUUGAUUUUGCUGCUUUAAUUUUGAUUGGUUUAGCUGACAUCUGAGUGUUUCUGAUCACUUGUUUGGCCUUUUUUUUUUCCUUCCCUCUCCCCUGAUCAUCUGUCACCAUUCCAACCCACCAGAUCACUCAACUGAGCAACUGCUAGCUGCCCAGCUCUUGCUCUCCUGUUCUUGGCCACUUCACUUAUCUAGGAUCGAUUCAAUCAAUCAUCUUGCUACUCUGCAUCGAUUGGAUUUGGUUAGGCUGAGAUUGGAUUAGAGGAUUGGGUUCUUGACUCCAAUGCUGAAGAAGACGGCAUCAGGAGGAGCUGCGGCUGCAAUGGGGUGCGGUGACCCCCAAUCGCCCUCACCUCCCCCCACCAAGGUCACCGAUGGCGGCAGGGCGGCCUCUCUGCUGCUCUCCACAAGGUCACUCCCGAGCCUCUUCUCCACGGACGCCCCCAUGAGCCCGACCUCCAUGCCUGAGCAGGCCAAGAACCCGACUUGCUCUGGCGCAAGGAGCGGCGGCAUCGGCAGGUCCGGUUCCUCCCACUGCGGCGGCAUCGGCAGCCCGGCCGCUGGCCUCGCUGGCGUGCUCGUCGCCGGCGAGGCCGACGACGGGGGGUACCGCAGCAGCGGGAGGGUGCUCCUCGGGAUGCGGCUCAGGGUGCAGCUGCCGCCGCCGCCCGGUAAGGGGCCCGGCGGCGGCGGCGACCUCCCGGGCUCGCCGAUCGAGUUCGGCGUCAAGAACAGGGACGCCCAGCUCGCGCUGCUCUCGCCGGUGCAGCGCUCGCCGCUGUCGUCGGCGGCGGCGAGGCUGGCGCGGAGCCGGAGGAGCGAGGUGGAUGAGCUGGCCGAGGAGGACUACACCUGCGUCAUCGCCCGGGGGGCCAACCCCAGGAUGACCCACAUAUUCGAGGACCGCGUCGUCGAGAGCCGCGCCGGCGCCGGAGACGGCGAUGCCUGCUGCCACCUGAGCUCUUGCUCUGGGUGCAAGGAGGAUGCUCUCUUGCUGCAUAGCCAAUGCCACUAUGAACUCUUUGGCAAAGGAGUCGACGAUUCACCUGAUGCAUCGGUGAAACUGAAGCCCUGAAUCUUCAGCCUGAAUUUUAGCAGAGCCUAUAUGUCGAUUGUUGAGUGACAAAAUCAUUAUUAUCUCCGUGAGAAAUUUUGAUCCUAUUUUGAUCUGAAGGGAUGUAUGAUCUGUGCCUGACAGACCAAUAUUAUCCACAUUUUAUUGCAGUUUUUUUGUCCCUGUAAUCAGAACUAAUGACCUUGAGAAAUGCUGAGCCUGAAUCAAAGACUUCCCUUAUUGCUUUGGAUA